AUGGGCCCGAAGUUACCCGGAGACCUGGUGAGCAGCAUCCGGUUGCUAAUGACCAUCGACUGCGGAUGCUAUCGAUGCGAUCGUCCGGGUCUUGGUAAGAGCGUAGUGCUCGGGCAAACCGGGCGGUCCGUCCGACCAACCUCGAUGGACCGCGCUUACUCACGCCCUCACGUGGUUCGAGCCAUGGUCGUGAAGGUGCCGAGUAAGCAGCCCUCGAUUGGCGAGAUCGAGCGUUCCGACGGGUCAAAGCAACGCGGAAGAGACACGUGCGUGAGGCGCGCGGGGAUUCUGAGAAUCCCUCCUAAUCUCCUACCGGUGGAAGUCGCUGGACGUCGUGGUCAUGGUCGUCGUCGAAACAGCAGCGGGAGUGUGCGGACGAAGGAAGGGACGACGACAAGGACGGGACGGGGCCGGACGGGAGGGGAGGUCAGAGGAUGGAAGGAGGGAGGGAGGGAGGGAGGGAGGGAACAAAGUAGGCGAGAAUGUGGCGACGAGAGUCGAAGGAGGCCUUAG